ACGCGCAGAGGGCCCUGGCCCGGCCCGGUCCACCCCGAGCAGGAAGCGGAAGCCGCGGAGAAGAUGGCGGCCGCGGCCGGCUGGAGAAUGGGAGCCGCGGAGCGAGGCGGCCGGGGGGCGGAGACCCUGUUCCGUGGGCUCCUCUUCUGCGUGCUGGGCUGCGAGCUCCACCCACAGCUGAAAAGCAGCAUCUUCACGUUAGGAUUCUGUUGGGGCAAUUCUAUAGAGAGGAAAAUCUAUAUCCCCUUAAACAAGACUGCCCCGUGUGUUCGUCUUUUGAAUGCCACUCAUCAAAUAGGCUGUCAGUCUUCCAUGAAUGGAGACACAGGAGUAAUCCAUGUGGUGGAGAAGGACCAGGACCUGAAAUGGGUGCUUACUGAUGGACCUCAUCCCCCGUACAUGGUACUGCUAGAGGGGGCGCUUUUCACCAGGGAGCUGAUGCUGCAGCUGAAGGGAUCUUCACGAGUUUCUGGUCUGGCUGUGGCCAUCUCCAAACCCAGCCCUGCACAAGGAUUCUCCCCUGGCUUAAAAUGCCCAAAUGAUGGGUUUGGUGUCUAUUCCAAUAAUUACGGCCCUCAGUAUGCUCAUUGCAACUGGACUAUGUGGAAUCCUCUCGGGAAUGGGCUUGCUUAUGAGGAUUUCAAUUUCCCCAUCUUUCUACUUGAAGAUGCCAACGAGACUCAAGUUAUUAAGCAGUGCUACCAAGACCAUAACCUCCCGCAGAAUGGCUCUGUCCCGGAGUACCCUUUGUGUGCGAUGCAGCUUUUCGCCCACAUGCAUGCUGUGACCAACACGGUUACCUGCAUGAGACGCAGCUCCCUCCAGACCGCCUUCAGUCUCAACCCAGAAGAAGUCUGCGACGCUCUGUCUGAUUAUAAUGUGUGGAGCACGCUGAAACCCAUCAAUACCUCCAGCAAAAUAGACCCUAUGGAUGAAGUCAUCAUCGUUGCUACUCGAAUUGACAGCCACUCGUUCUUCUGGAAUGUAGCCCCAGGGGCAGAGAGUGCUGUCGCCUCCUUCGUGACCCACUUGGCGGCUGCUGAAGCCCUCCAUAAAGUGCCAGGUGUUCAGACGCUACCAAGGAACAUCAUGUUCACCUUCUUCCAAGGGGAGACCUUUGAUUACAUUGGCAGCUCGCGAAUGGUAUAUGACAUGGAAAAUGACAAGUUUCCCGUCCGGCUGGACAACAUUCAUUCCUUCCUGGAGCUGAGUCAGGUGGCUUUACGGAACUCCUCUGUUCUUUGGGUGCACACAGACCCUGUCUCUCAGAGGAAUGAAUCUAUUCAAACACAGGUGAAAACCGUGGUGGAAGCUCUGAUCAACAGCGGCAUGAGUGCCAAUGUGACUCUACAGGAGGUCAGGCAGUCUCAGCCUCUCCCGCCUUCUUCCUUCCAGCGCUUUCUGAAGGCCAGGGGCAUCCCUGGGGUGGUCCUGGCUGAUCAUCGCACUUCCUUCCAGAACAGAUAUUACCAGAGCAUGUAUGACACAGCAGAGAACAUCCUGAUGAAAUAUCCUGAGGGGCUUAGCCCUGAGGAGACCCUGGACUAUGUCACUGACACAGCUAAGUCCCUGGCAGAAGUAGCCACAGUGGUCGCCCGUGCUCUCUACCAGCUUGCAGGGGGAACCGGCAACACCUCUGCUAUUCAGGCAGAUCCAAGAACGGUCUCCAGAAUGCUCUAUGGGUUUCUGAUUAAAACUAACAACUCCUGGUUCCAGUCCAUCAUUAAACAGGACCUGAAAGGACUCUUGGGUGAUGAACCUCCCCAGCACUACAUUGCAGUUACCACACUGGUGAACACCACCCAGCUAGUGCAGUAUGUUCUGGCCAAUCUCACGGGCACGGUUGUCAAUUUCACCAAGGAGGAGUGCCUGAACCCUGAAAAAACACCCAACCCCGAGAAGGAAAUGUACGUUUAUACGUGGGUGCAGGGUUCCAGGGACGCAAACUCAACGUCGCGAGUUCCCUUCUGUGUCCAGUCAACUGUCCGUCUAACCAAGGCCGCCUCUCCUGCCUUCGAGCUGAAGCAGUGGGGAUCCACAGAAUACUCCACAUGGACAGAGAGCCGCUGGAAGGAUAUCCGCGCCCGCAUAUUUCUCGUAGCCAGCAAGGAGCUAGAGAUAAUCACACUGGUCGUGGGCAUCGCCAUUCUGAUCCUCUCUCUCCUCGCAACCUACUUCAUCAACGCCAAAGCGCACGUGCUUUUCAGUAGCCCUGGGGAUGCUGGGGCCGUGGCUUAUUGAGUGCUUCCCGUGGGUUCAGAAACCCCAGCACUUGGAUUACAACUGUUCUGACUAAAACUGGUUGGCUGACACUGGAAUGUCUCUGCCUUGAUAGGGACACAGGUGGAUCGCUCCAUGAUUUCCAAGGGUGAGCCCAAGAAACUGAGCCCAGAAGCAGAAGAAACUCCCCCAAAAAACUGUGUUGACCAAGUCCUAAAGAGAUCAUGUUGCUUUAAAGUUUCCAAGGGCCUUGAAUCUUUGACCUCCCUUUUGGGCAACUCUGAAGAGGGUCAGUACUGGAUGCUACCAGCAUCCAACUACCAUGGACGUGUUUCCAGAAUGCGGGUGGGUGUGGAGCGCAUGAAGGGAAGGCCUCUCUGGGACAUACAUGGAUGGCAGAUUUCUUUGCUCUCUCGGAGCCCUGGUUGUAUCUCUUUUAUCUGGAUUAGCUGAAGAAUUGUCUGACAGCUGCUGUGAAUCUAUGUAAAUUACAGUGCGGACAAGGGAAGGUGUGUCGAACAAAUAAUUAGAAGUCAGAUCUCCCUUUUUAAUAGUGCAAUAUUUGGGAGGCGGUAGGGUUGUACAUAUAUAAAUAGCUUGGCUUAAUUAAAAAAAAAUCACUACUUACAAACUAAUCCUUUGCUCCCACUGCCUUUCUCCACUGCUGCUUCUUAUAGGACCAAGGAACUCUGGGGAAUGUAGUCCAUUGGAUGUUGCCAUGUCUGUUGCUCGUGGGAGAAAUGGAACUUGUCGGAUAUUUACUUUCCUCACAACAAAGCUUUUCUCUCCUUUUAUAAUAGGACGAAGGACGAGAGAGCUAUGUCCGGAGAUUGGGCUGGGAGUUGUUACCCUUGUCUCUUUAGAAUGUCAGGCUUUCGGGGGCUGGGAUUGUCUGCUACUCUGUUUAUAUGGCACCUAGCACAAUGGGUCCCCAGUCUUGAUUAGCCCCUAGGCACUAUCACAAAAUAAACAUAACGAGCACUGACCUCAACAGCUUGCAGGAUUGAGCAUUUGAUAGCAACUAAGGCUGAUUGGGGUAGGAGAACCAGCCAUUCCAAUGGCCCUAGAUUAACUUUUUGUAUCAAAAAUCCCUCCCAUCCUUCAACAUCCUUGAUUUAAGAACAAGACAAUGAUGUUGAUAUCCCAAACGAACAGCUCAGAUUUGUGGAAAGGAACAAAUGAAAGAAAAUGGAGCUAGUCAGCUCCAACCCAAACAUCAUCUUCACCCUUCUUAAGGAAAGGAGUACUUGUGGCACCUUAGAGACUAACCAAUUUAUUUGAGCAUAAGCUUUCGUGAACUACAGCUCACUUCAUCGGAUGCAUACUGUGGAAAGUAUAGAAGAUCUUUUUAUACACACAAAGCAUGAAAAAAAAUGGGUGUUUACCACCACAAAAGGUUUUCUCUCCCCCCACCCCACUCUCCUGCUGGUAAUAGCUUAUCUAAAGUGAUCACUAUUACCAGCAGGAGAGUGGGGUGGGGGGAGAGAAAACCUUUUGUAGUGGUAAACACCCAUUUUUUUUUUAUGCUUUGUGUGUAUAAAAAGAUCUUCUAUACUUUCCACAGUAUGCAUCCGAUAAAAUGAGCUGUAGCUCACAAAAGCCUAUGCUCGAAUAAAUUGGUUAGUCUCUAAGGUGCCACAAGUACUCCUUUUCUUUUUGCGAAUACAGACUAACACGGCUGUUACUCUGAAACCCUUCUUAAGGGUUAGUUAUUCCAUCUGUUCUCCAGUGGAGUCUUGAAGUGAUGCGUGCUGUGGAUUUCCACUGCUUCCCUUAGGGAAACUGUUCCACUCACUAAUAUGUUUUGCUGUCAGGACAUCGUUCCUGAGACUCCAAGACGGACUGUUCCUUUGCUCCCUUUCUUCUUGUUCCUAGUAAUGCUGGAGAAAAGCUUCGCGUCUCGGCUUAGGCUGAAAAACUACCCUUGCAUUGUAACCGAUUUUGACACCCUUCACCUACCAAACUUCUAACCCACCCCAACUCUGUCAAAACUAAACCAAUCUGCCUGGAAUUGCCCUCGAUAGAAUGUGUCUGCAAAUCAAGCUGUUUAGGUAAUGGGGAACUCAAAGAUAUGAGCUCACAAAGAGUUCCCUAAAGGAGGGAGUUGGGUUGUUUAGGACUUGCUCUCCUCUAUAAAAUGCUGUAAGAUUUAUGGAUGAAUUGUUCUACUUAAGGCCAGAAUGGAAUUAUUGUUCUAUUUAAUCAAAAAUCAUGUUGCCGCUAUCAGGGCUUCAGACAUAUUUUUAAGUUUUUCUUCUUCUUCUACAUGCAGAUUUAAUGCUCAUGCUGUUUUCAGAAGGUUGCUUCACUGAUUUUUUUCUCCCUCCCCCACUCAGUAUUUAUUCCUCUAUGAAGAGAGAAAUAAACCUUCUCCCCGUUCUCCUCUCCAAGCUUUUUGUUCUGAAGCCGAUCGCUGGCGAGGCUAACAAACAGCUGCCUCUGUUGUCUGUGCCUACGCCACUCCAUAGAUGGCCAAUAGGUCUCCCUGUGGACAGUGCAAUAAGCAACCCUCCUAUCACGGGCUGACAAAGGGAAAGGAGAAGCAAGGGGCCAGGCUGGAAAGCAGAGCAGCAAAGACAAAUUUUCCACGCUGCUGCCAAUGCUGGAAAACACCAAAAGUCACUUGACUGACAGCCCAAAAUUUGUUCUGGGUUUGGGAUGUUUUAGUCUCUCAGAAAUCCUGGUUGCCAGCAGCCUCGCCUAAUCAAAAGGGUGAAAGCAAGGAAAUAGCCCUCUGAAUGUUUCCCUGUCCUUCUGUAGUCAGCGAGGGACUCAGUUCACCCCGGGCCUCUCUUUUUUUAAGAGAAACAGGAUUGAGAAGUCAGGACUUCUGGGAGGGGAGUGAGAUCUAAUGGGUGACAGGACAUGAGGCAGCAGCCUCUGGUUUCUGUUCCCUGAGUGAAUCACUUCCCCUGGGCCUCAGUUUCAUGAUCUGCAAGCCGGGAGAGGAUAUUGUCCUGGUGCAUAGGAGCAUCGUGAGACUUGAUUCAUUUCCAUUUAUAAACUGCUUUGAGAUCCUGGCAGGGACUGUACUAAAGAAGGCAAAGUAUUUGUGAUUAAAACGUAGCUAGCACUGGUGAAAGGUGCUAGCUUGCUAGCUGUGACCAAUGCAAUCCUAUAUCUACCCAGGAUCGACACGGGGCAAACCCUCGUCACUCACAGUCAUGGUGUGGAAGGGGGGUGAAAUUGUUUCCACGGCUUAUCCAGUCCUUUGGCCUCACCUCUGACCUGAAAACCCAGGGCUCCAUGCUAGUUGUGGGUUUUGGGAUACAAAGACUCAUCUUACUGGGAGCAGAUUGGCUACCCAAUGGCUGUCAGCUGUUACGCGCUCAGUGCGGCUUCAUGGCCGUGACCUAGCACGGGAACAGCUCAUUCUCCUGUUCCCAAGCCGUUCCUUCCCUGCAUUCAUUUAGAUUUCAAAUGUCUCCAGAGGAGGCCGAGUCCUCACUUUGAAACUACCCAGCUCAGUCCCGUUUCGUUCCCCUGGCUGAUCUGCUAGCUGCUUUUAUAAAUCACAGUAGCUGCUCUGUUGUCAGGGCUGCAUCUUGGUCGGGGCUCUGGCUUCUGUUGCCAGCUUCUACUGCCCAUCCUGCUUUAGUUGUAGCAGUCCUCAGCUGCAGGGAUGGAAAAGUUUAUAACUCCCCUGAUACACUUUCUCUAUCAUUCUGGCGAUUAUACACAUUAAUUAGAGCAUUCCUAAUGCUAAUAAGCAGUGGUGAAUAAAUGCCUUCCUGGUACCUGACUGCCAUGCUUAUUCUGUACAUGGAUGUAGAAAAUAAUUUGAGUUUUUUGCCAUUGACUUUGAUUCCCUCUUAGCCUUUGCAAUAAAUAUAAAAGCAUUGAAGUUA